AUUUUGUCUAAACCGCCCCCCCCUCUCUCUUUCUCUCUCUCUUUCUCUCUCUCGUCUCCAGUCUAACAUGAAGAGCAUGGAGCGGGAACUCCAGUGCCCAGUGUGUAAGGACAUCGUGAAACAGCCGGUGGUGCUUCCUUGCCAGCACAGCGUGUGUUUGCUGUGUGCAUCUGAGGUGCUGGUGCAGAGUGGCUAUCCUCAGCCCGAGCUGCCCCCAGAGCCCCACUCUCCCGCUUCAACACCAAACACACGCUCGCCACGCCAGGCUCACCGGUCUGUCGAUCGCCCAUUGCGUCCCGGUUUUGGAACAUACCCGGGGCGCAGGCGCAAGGAGGGCUCGACCCAAAUCAUGCUGUUCCCUUGCGUGCCCUGUGGUCGAGACGUGGAACUGGGUGAGAGAGGACUGUUGGACUGUAUGAGGAACCUCACACUGGAGCGCAUAGUGGAAAGGUACAGGCACACAGUAAGUCUGGGCAGCGUGGCAGUGAUGUGUCAGUUCUGUAAGUCCCCUCAGACUAUGGAGGCCACUAAAGGCUGUGCUGACUGCAGGGCAAGUUUUUGUAAUGAGUGCUUUAAGCUAUACCACCCGUGGGGGACUCCGCGCGCCCAGCACGAGCAUGUACAGCCCACACUAAACUUCAGACCCAAGGUUUUGACUUGUACAGAGCAUGAUCAGGAAAAGUUACAGUUCUACUGUAGAACAUGCCAAAGGCUCCUCUGCUCCCUCUGUAAGCUGCGUCGGGCUCAUACAGGUCACAAAAUUGUGCCUGUCAGCCAGGCAUACCAGGCACUCAAGGAAAAAAUCAGCAAGGAGCUAAACUACAUUAUGUCCAAUCAGGCUACAGUACUGACUCAAAUCACACAGCUGGAGAAUGCCAUCACCCAGACUGAGGUGAACAGUGUAGCGGCCCGUGAACAGCUCUCUCAGUGUGUGAGGGAGUUGACUGCUCUGCUCUCGGAGCGGCAGGUCAUCCUGGCUCAGGCCCUGGAAAACUCACGCCAGAGGCGGAGCGAGGCUUUAGCCAGUCAGGUAGCAGAGAGGCGCAGCUUGUUGGAUCACGCUGGCCUGAUGGCAUUUACCCAGGAGCUGUUGAAAGAGACAGAUCCAGCCUGCUUUGUACAUGCAGCCAGGCAAACAUAUAACAGGCUGGCCCAGUCAAUUGGGUCCCUGCAGAGUUUCUCUCUCUCUGCAGAUCCCUCGUUCCGACACUUUCAACUGGACGUCUCCAGAGAGCUUAAACUAAUCACUGAUCUAAAUUUCAUUCAAGCCCCAUUAGCCCCUGUGAUUGACACCCAGCGCACUCUGGCCUACGAUCAGCUCUACCUGUGCUGGCGACUGCCAUCGGAGUCCUCCCCUGCCUGGCACUUCUCUGUGGAGUACCGUCGCCGGGGUGUGGUGCCAGGGGGCGGGACAAGAGCUGGUCUCCGCGGGGGGUUGGCCGAAGCCCGCUGGGGCUGGCAGCGAUUAGAUGAGGUCAGCGGGACCAGUGCUGUGAUCAACAGGCUGGAGAUGGACAGCGUGUACGUUCUCAGAGUGAGGGGAUGCAAUAAAGCCGGCUUUGGAGAGUACAGCGAAGAAGUGUACUUACACACUCCACCAGCUCCAGUACUAAAUUUCUAUUUGGAUUCACGUUGGGGUCUACACGCUGAUAGACUAGUGGUGAGUAAAGAGCAGCGCUGUGCCCGCAGCGUGCCAGGCCUCUCUCUUCUGCAGGCGGCUGACCGAGCCCUAACUUCCUGUCACCUGACCGCUGACCUGCUGGUGGGUGACGUGGCUGUCACACAGGGCCGCCACUAUUGGGCAUGCUCAGUGGAGCCUGGUUCUUACUUAGUUAAGGUCGGUGUUGGUCUGGAAUCAAAGCUUCAGGAAUGGUUCCAUCUGCCACAAGACAUGGCCAGCCCACGAUAUGACCCUGACAGUGGCCAUGACAGUGGGGCAGAAGAUUCUUCAGACUCUCUGCCCCCUUUCACCUUCCUCACAAUGGGCAUGGGCAAGAUCUACCUGCCUGCUUCUGCCAAUGCCCACCAUGGAACGGUUAACCACAGGGACAUCUCUAACGGCAACAGCCCCUCCUCGCCGGCUGGCAUCACCUAUCCUCUUCCUCCUAGGCUGGGUGUGUGUCUGGACUUUGAGAAGAGCCGUGUCACCUUUUAUGAUGCUCAUUCUCUCCGCCCACUCUGGGAAGGUCCAGUCGACUGCUCUGCUCCCGUCUGUCCAGCAUUCUGCUUCAUUGGAGGAGGGGCUCUGCAGCUACAGGAGCUGGUGUCCAACCGCAACGCAGAUCAAACGCCUGUCAGAAGAGUCACCAUCCAAUCCCGUGUCACUAAACUGAGCUGAGGCAGUUAUCUAACUAACACCAGGCUAUCUUAGUAAAUGUUGUUUUUAUAUUUAAUACCUAAGAAGAAAUCAUUUUUAAUUGCACUGAAUAUGCACUUCAGAUCAACUUUAUUAUUAUUAUUAUUUGCUUGUUUUACACUAUUUGGGAUAGGGUUUUAUUGAUUUACACUGCUUGUGAAUUAAUCUAAAAAAAAAAAAUCAUGAAAUGAAUCUUGUGGCCUAUACCCUAUAUAUCUAUAUGUAACUAUAGCUGUAAAUAGAAUUUCUUGCCUUUACUCUCUAGUUGUACACCUCAAGGUUUUUGAUAAUAACGUCUCACUGGUGUAAUUCAAAAUGGUUUUUACCUUUAAUCUCGUUACACAACUCACAUAAGUGACCUGAGUGUUAGAAGUACAUCCAUCAUUCCAGUGACUCUUAAGAACCAAAGUCAGUUCUGUUCUCUUUGUUUUUAAUUCAAGUCCAAGUUGAUGUAUGGUACUGGCUGGAGAGUUAUCAGAGUUACUAGUUCAUAUAUAUCUAAUGUCAGAAUGUAGAGAUUACAUCCUGCUAAUACACUGAGACAUUUAGGUACAGAGAAGAAUAAUAUGGGCUGUAAAUAUUAACUGGCUACAUAAAACUGUUACUGUCGCAGUUCACUGAGAUGCGCUAUCUUACAUUAAUUUGCUGUGUAGAAAGAUUUCUUUUCAGUGAUAAGAAUGCAGUAGUAACAUUCUGGUUACAGAGUUAAUGCUGAACCUUAUAUUGUUUUACUAAAAAAAUAGGCAAUGGAUGCAUGAGAGUAUAAUGUGAGUAUGCUACCUCGUCCUCAAUAUGUAGAUGAGGAAAGGGGUGUGUGUGUGUGUGUGUGUGUGUUUUCGUUCAUAUCCUUGCUCUUUUAUGCAGUUUCUAGCUUGUAGAACAUAUUUUUAACAGAUGGACAGUGGGCUUGAUUUUAGCGUAGGUGUUAAAACUGCUUCUUUCAAAUGGCAUAUACUUUUAAGAAUAAAAUGUAGACAUCACCUGCUGGCGGAAUAUUAAUCUGAUUUCAACAAUGAAAUGUUGAAAAUAUGAAAUAAAGACUAUAACACUGGA